GAAGGUAAUUAUUACGACAAGAACGUGUAUGACUACGCCGAGAUAACAUCGGAAACUUUGUCAAUUCUCGUCAAUAAAUGCUCGAACGUUUUGAAAUGUGCUGAUAAACGGACUGUUAUUCUAUAUUUACCAAAUGUUGUACAACUGCCAAUAGCGAUACUCGCAUCGCUACGAAUCGGGAAUGCAGUGGACGAUGAUGCAGAAAUGUUGGCAAAAAUUAUCAUAGAGAGUGAUAGCGUUAUGAUAAUCACAAUUGACGGAUUUUGGCAGGGCACAGUAUUAUAUCGAACAAAAUAUACUGUAGAUGAAGCAGUUGAACGCUCUGAGAAAGAUAUAAGCAAUAUAUUAGUUAUCCGGCAUAUUUGUCCGAAUAAAGGAAUUCCCGAACCACAACGAAACGUCCUCGCGAGACGACCUUAUUACCCAUAUAAGAUAUUUAUGAAAGAAGGUCGUGAUCUUCAUUGGAGUGAAGAAUUUAUGAAAGCCAACACCGACUGCAUUGCUCAAGAAAUUACUGAAGAUCAAAUUGUUUUUCUUCAGGCAAUCUAUGAUGCUGGAAAGGUGAAACUGAUUAAACGAACGCUUCAACAACUUUAUGAUAAGAUGGAAAGAUUAGACAUGAUAAACCUACCUCCCGGCCUUUGUUUUGCGGUUUUCGAUAGCGAUAUACUGCUACAGAUGGUUGCAAUGAUAAAUAUACUUGCCCGUGGUCACCAACUUCUUAUUUUCGAAGGUAUAAUGACAUAUCCAGACUAUUCCAGAAUUUCACAAAUUAUUAAUUUAUACAAGGUUAAUUAA